AUGCAUGUGCUCUUCUGGGGCUGGGGGUUCCUACUGUUCCCCGAUUUUCUGAAUGUAGUCGCGUCCACCGGGAGAUUACUUUUGAAUUCGAGUGCAGUCAAAGAGGAGGUGGGCUCCUAUGAGAUUGUAACACCGCUGCGAGUGAAUGAAGCCGGUGACAAGUUCCCCACCAGUGUGCACUUCAAGAGGAAAAGGCGAAGUCUGGACGAGACCACCGGCAACAGCACGGACCACUGGGCCUCGCGAAAUAUCCACUACAGGAUCUCUGCUUUCGGGCAGGACUAUCUGCUCAACCUCACGCUGGACUCGGGAUUUAUUGCACCUUUCUACACUGUGACAAUACUCGGAGUUCCCCGAGGGGACAACAUAACGGAUUUAGCAGCAGAUGCGGAGGAGGUGGAGCAGGAGGAGGAGGACACGGAGUUGAGGCACUGCUUCUAUAAAGGACAUGUCAAUGCACAGGCAGAGCACGCCGCGGUCAUCAGCCUGUGCUCCGGACUGCUUGGCACCUUCAGGUCUCCAGAAGGGGAGUAUUUUGUGGAGCCCCUACACAGCUAUCAAGGAGAACACUAUGAAGAGGAACACACAAAACCUCAUAUUGUUUACAAGAAGAGUGCACCCAAAAAACAGACAUCUGGGGAGAACUCAGCUUGUGACAUUUCAGGACACAAACACAGACAAAAGAGGCACAAGCUGAAGCGACGGCCAGCGGCAGAGGUGAACACUGUGUCCGAAGCAGUCCAAGUGGUCAGCGCCGGUGUAUUCGGUGACGUGGAGUCGUUGAGUUCCAGCCUGGUCGGCGAUGCUUUACUCAGAUCAGAGAGCAGCGGCAGUGCCAGCGCUAGACCAUCAAAUGAUAGCAGUGGUGACUCAGGACCUCACAGGAGAUCAAAACGCUUCCUCUCCUACCCGCGCUUUGUUGAAGCCAUGCUGGUGGCUGACAGCAAAAUGGUGGAGCAUCAUGGCAGCAACCUGCAGCACUACAUACUCACAUUAAUGUCCAUAGUGUCUUCCAUCUACAAGGACCCCAGCAUUGGCAACCUGAUUAACAUUGUGAUUGUAAAAUUAGUCAUAAUAAACAAUGAGCCGGAGGGUCCAGUUAUUUCAUUUAAUGCACAGACCACUUUAAAGAACUUCUGCAUUUGGCAGCAGAUUCAGAACAGUGUGGAUGACAACCACCAUUCCCAUCACGACACCGCCAUCCUCAUCACCAGGCAGGACAUCUGCAGAGCAAGGGAUAAGUGUGACACCUUAGGACUUGCCGAGUUGGGCACUGUGUGUGAUCCAUACAGGAGCUGCAGCAUCAGUGAGGACAACGGACUGAGCACAGCAUUCACCAUCGCCCAUGAACUUGGCCAUGUGUUCAACAUGCCUCAUGACGACAGUAACAAGUGCAAGGAGGACGGAGUUAAGAUUCAACAACAUGUGAUGGCUCCCACGCUGAACUACAACACAAACCCUUGGAUGUGGUCCAAGUGUAGCAGGAAGUACAUCACAGAGUUCCUCGACACAGGAUAUGGCGAAUGCUUGCUUGACGAACCCGUUUCUAGGCCUUACAGUCUCCCCCAGCAGCUGCCUGGACGGAUAUACAAUGUCAAUAAACAGUGCGAAUUGAUAUUUGGGCCGGGGACGCAGGUGUGCCCUUAUAUGACUCAGUGUCGGAGGUUGUGGUGCACCAGUCCAGAGGGUGCCCAGCAGGGAUGCAGGACCCAACACAUGCCGUGGGCAGAUGGCACAGAUUGUUCCCCUGGAAAGCACUGCAAGCAUGGCCUGUGUAUAGCCAAAGAGCACGAUGCCACACCUGUGGACGGGGCAUGGGGAGUUUGGAGCCCUUUCGGUACCUGUUCACGGACGUGCGGCGGAGGCAUCAAGGUCGCUGCGCGCGAAUGCAACCGACCUGUGCCCAGGAAUGGAGGAAUUUAUUGUGUUGGUCGGCGGAUGAAGUUUCGUUCCUGUAACUCUGAGCCCUGCUCAAAGCAGAAGAAGGACUUCAGGGAGGAGCAAUGUGCUGCCUUUGACGGCAGGCACUUCAACAUCAACGGUCUACCUCCAAAUGUUCGCUGGGUGCCCAAGUACAGCGGAAUCUUGAUGAAGGACAGGUGUAAGCUGUUCUGCAGGGUGGCAGGCAGCACGGCCUACUAUCAGCUCAGGGACCGGGUCAUUGAUGGCACGCCGUGUGGACCUGAUACCAACGACAUCUGUGUCCAGGGCCUGUGCAGGCAAGCAGGCUGUGACCAUGUAUUGAACUCAAAAGCCAGGAGGGACAAAUGUGGCGUGUGUGGAGGUGACAACUCAUCCUGCAAAACUGUGGCAGGCACCUUCAACAUUGUCCACUAUGGCUAUAACGAAAUAGUGCGAAUACCCAGUGGUGCUACAAAUAUAGAUGUGCGUCAACACAGCUACUCAGGGAAACCAGAUGAUGACAACUACCUCGCCAUAUCAACUAGCCGUGGAGAGUUCCUGCUAAAUGGAGAGUUUGUGGUCAGCAUGUUCAAAAGGGAAAUUAAAGUGGGAAAUACCGUCAUCGAGUACAGUGGCUCUGACCAUGUCAUUGAGAGGAUCAACUGCACUGACCGUAUCGAGGAGGAGAUCAUUGUCCAGGUGCUGUCUGUGGGGAACCUGUACAACCCAGAUGUCAGGUACUCCUUCAACAUCCCUAUAGAGGACAAACCUCAGCAGUUCUUCUGGGAUGCUUAUGGGCCCUGGCAGGAGUGCAGCCGCCUGUGCCAAGGAGAGCGGAAGAGGAAGAUUCUCUGUAGCAGAGAGUCAGACAGGGUGGUGGUAUCUGACCAGAGGUGUCACGGCACAGCCAGACCUGCCGUCAUCACUGAGCCCUGCAAUACUGAAUGUGAACUCAGGUGGCACGUGGCCCGUAAGAGUGAGUGCACAGCUCAGUGCGGUCUUGGAUAUCGUACCCUGGAAAUAUACUGUGCCAAAAUAAGCCGUACAGAUGGCAAGACCCAGAAAGUUGAUGACCGCUACUGUAGUGGUCAGCGCAAACCUGAUGACAAGGAAGGUUGCCACGGCGACUGUAACCCGGGUGGCUGGGAGUACUCGCCUUGGUCAGAGUGCUCCAAGAGCUGUGGUGGGGGCAGCCGCCGUCGAGGGGCAGUGUGUCGAAAGGCAGCUGAGGCCGGUGGCGAUGAGAGCAAAUGCAGUCAAAGGGACAAGCUGACCGUCCAGUCCUGCAAUGAAUUCCUCUGUCCACAAUGGAAGACUGGUGACUGGUCUGAGUGCCUUGUUACAUGCGGGAAAGGCUACAAGCACCGUCAGACGUGGUGUCAGUUCGGCGAGGACCGUCUUGACGAUCGCUUUUGUGGCUUGUCUAAACCUGAGUCAGUGCAGACGUGCCAGCAGCAGGAGUGCGCAUCUUGGCAGGUCGGACCCUGGGGACAGUGCACUACCUCGUGUGGGCCAGGCUACCAAAUGAGAGCGGUGAAGUGUGUGGUCGGCUCUUAUGGUGCUGUCAUGGAUGACACUGAAUGUAACGCUGCCACCCGACCCACCGACACCCAGGACUGUGAACUGGCUCAGUGUCCCAGCAGCCACCCUGUUCCCCCAGGGACCAAAGUCCCCUCCCACCAGGCCCACAAAACCCAGUGGCGGUUUGGUUCCUGGACUCAGUGUACUGCCAGCUGCGGCAAAGGUACAAGGAUGCGCUAUGUGAGCUGCCGGGACAACCAGGGCGGUGUGGCAGAGGAGUCAGCUUGCGCCCACUUACCCAAACCCCCUGCCAGAGAAGUGUGCUCAGCAGUGGCUUGCGGACAGUGGAAAGUGCUGGAAUGGACAGUGUGCUCGGUAACCUGUGGCCAGGGGAAGACGACACGGCAGGUAGUGUGUGUCAUCAGUGACCAGGAGGUGAAUGCUAGUGAGUGUGACCAAGACGAUCGUCCUACCACAGAGCAGGACUGCGCUAUGUCUCAAUGCCCGUCCCGCUCCAGUGAGUCCCGACCUUUGCCGUCCUCACCAAACGCCAGCACCAGGAACAACCUGCCCCAUAGCCAAUCCCACCAAUGGCGGACCGGACCCUGGGGCGCGUGCUCCAGCACAUGUGCAGGAGGUUUCCAGCGGCGUGUGGUUGUGUGCCAGGAUGAGAACGGCUACCCUGCCAACAGCUGUGAGGAUCGCAGUCGGCCCAGUGAGCAACGAUCCUGUGAGUCAGGGCCAUGUCCGCAGUGGAUCUAUGGCAACUGGGGAGAGUGCACAAAGCCAUGUGGAGGUGGGAUCAAGACAAGGCUGGUGGUGUGUCAGCGUCCAAACGGCGAGCGUUUCAACGACCUGAGCUGCGAGAUCCACGACAAGCCACCAGAUCGCGAGCAGUGCAAUACUCAGCCAUGCCCGUCUAGCCCCCACUGGAGCACAGACCCCUGGAGCUCGUGCUCGGCCUCCUGCGGACGAGGCUUCAAGUCCCGUAAGGUGAGCUGUGUGACAGGAUCCGGCCGCAGCGCUACCGAGGAGAACUGCCAGAGCUUGUCCCCCAAACCCGGCAAGCAGAGGCGCUGCCGAGGCAGACGAUGCCCCAAGUGGAAGACUGGCAACUGGGGAGAGUGCUCUGCGUCCUGUGGAGACGGGCUCCAGCGUCGGGAGGUCUUCUGUCAGCUUGGAGACCGACGCAGUCCUCAGGAGAGCGGCUGCUCACAGCGCCUCAGACCUGCAUCCAGCCAGAGCUGCCGGGCUGCUGACUGUCCCUCCCGGUACCACUGGAGAGAAAGAGAGUGGCAGCCGUGUAGUAAGUCAUGUGGUGUGGGCCACAGACAGCGUGCUCUGCAGUGCGUGGACCACAACCAGCAGGAGGUCCACGAGAUGUACUGUGUGAAGCAGAUCAGACCUCCACACCUAGAGAGCUGCAACACCCAGGCCUGUGAAUUCAUCUGGAUCACAGGGGACUGGACUGAGUGCUCGGCCAGCUGUGGCCAGGGCUACCGCCAGCGUCUGAUCUCCUGCAGCGAGGUGCAUGUGGAGACUGACAACUAUGAGUACGGCCAUCAGUCUUUGUCCAACUGCCCCGGGACCCCUCCUGAGAGCUACAUGCCUUGUAAUCUGGACCCGUGCCUGCUGCCACAGGAGUGGAGGGUUGGAAUCUGGGGAGAGUGUCCAGUGAGCUGUGGUGACGCAGUCAUGGAGAGGACGGUGCAGUGCCUGUCUGCAGACGGUCAGGAAAGCAGUAGGUGUUCUCCCGACGCCAAGCCAGAAGCCAGAAAAGUCUGCAGAAAUCCAAACUGCCGUUUGCCUUCCAGCUGUCAGGAGGUCCAGAGCAUGAACCAGCUCCUCCCAGACAGAGAACACUUUCUCAAUGUUCAAGGAAAAGCACUCAAGGUAUACUGUGCAGGAAUGCAGACGGAGACUCCUCAGGAAUACAUCACCUUGAUGAUGGGAGAAGGAGAGAAUUUUUCAGAGAUCUUUGGCUUCAGGCUGAAUGACCCCACCCAGUGCCCAGCAAAUGGCUCCAGAAGUGCAGACUGCGACUGCCGAAGAGAUUACACCAAUGCUGGCAUCACCACCUUCUCCAAAGUUCGCCUGGACAUCAAUAAGAUGAACAUCAUCACUACAGACUGGAAGUUUGCGUUCACCCGUGAAGGCAAGAGAGUUCCGUUCGCCACAGCUGGAGACUGCUACAGCGCCGCCCGUUGUCCACAGGGUCAGUUCAGGAUCAACCUCUCAGGAACAGGUUUGAAGGUGGCUGACGAAACCUCGUGGAUCUCACAGGGCAACUACGCAGUGACUGAUGUACGGAAAUCAGAGGAUGGUAGCAGAGUGUCAGGAAUGUGUGGAGGCUACUGUGGUAAAUGUACACCGUCCUCUGGCUCCAGUCUGCCUGUAACCCUGGAAACGACCUAA